GGACGAUAUUGAAAAUAGUACUUCCAAUGCCAUUUCCUUCGAGGCUGCAGUAUCUGCAGGAACUCUUGGAACUCCUUGUCAAAUGGGAUUAUCAUCAAGACGCAAUUUAUACUUGUUAAAUCUUCAAUUACGCGAAAAGGUAUCUGAACGAACUAAUGAAAUUCAAUCAUCAACGCCGGACGUUCCAACAAAUUCAAAGAGAAAAGAUUCUGGUAAUAGUGAUUAUAGCAGUGGAAGCAUUGGUUACAAUGAUGUAAAGAGGAGUUUAAAUGGUCGAAGAUUAAAGAAUGGUCCAUCAACACCAAAUGAUGAGAAUAUUUCUCCUUCAAUAGAGCUUGGAAAUUUACAUUUAGAACGCACAAGUUCUCUCAAUAGUCAAUUUUUUAAACGCACAAGGUCCUGCAGUCAACCUUUAGAACGUUCCAGAUCCAGUGAUCAACAUUUAGAACGAAGAAAACCUAGUGUUCAAUUUUCAAGUUCGCUUCACGUUGGGUCAACAAUUCUUGCACAUAGUCGACAAAGUAGUUUAACAAGUCUUUACUUAGAAUCAGGUGGGAAUGUUUCACGCGAUAGCGGACAUUUUGGCAAUUGUUGAUAAGCGAAGAUCACAAAGCA